AAAAGCUCGAUGCCACUUCCGUUUCCUGUCGGCGGCAAAGCGUGCUUCUAGUUUGUGAAGCUAAAACGUUUUUGUGACGAAGACAUAAUAAACUUCUAAUUUACUGUUAAUCGGGUCUAAACUUAAUCGAGCAAAAUGAGUUUGCCCCUCAACCCAAAGCCUUUCCUGAACGGCCUGACAGGGAAACCAGUGAUGGUGAAGCUGAAGUGGGGAAUGGAGUACAAAGGCUACCUGGUGUCUGUGGACGGAUACAUGAACAUGCAGCUGGCAAACACGGAGGAGUAUGUGGACGGAGCGUUGGCGGGUCAUCUGGGUGAAGUGCUCGUCAGGUGCAACAAUGUUUUGUACAUCAGAGGUGUAGAAGAAGAAGAAGAAGAUGGAGAGAUGAGAGAAUGAUGAUGAAGAGGAGCCAGCUUGUGUGAUUGAACCCUAAAGUGGAGCCGUGUGUUUGUGUUUUCACCAUGUGAAACAAAUCUUUUUCCAACAACUUUAAGAUGAAACUUUUUUUUUUUUCUUCUUUUUACUGUUUGUGACAUAACACAAUAAAGUGACUGUUUAUCAUUUCUUA